CGCACGACAACACACCAACUGAAGUGGAAAGCGGCUCCUGUUCUGCUCCUUAUCCCAUUUCGGACGCUGCGAACAAGGCGGUCCGGCUUCAGACUGCUGCAGGACUGAAUCAAAGGGAAGAAGGCAGAGUUAAGAGGACAAUCUCGCCUUUGGCUUGCGCGUUAAGUUUGACUACGUUUAAUUUUUUUUCUUGGCUCUUUAUGCCAGCGAAUUAGUAUCCAACUUUGUUGUGUGUAUAGGUGGAAAGGUGGAAAGCAACGAUUUUUGUUUACUAUCUCGAAAACUAAAUUCAACUAAUGACGGCAGAGGUGCAGCAGCCCCCAGCGCAGACUCCUGCCCAGAGCAGCCCGAUGUCUGCUCCGGAGAAGCCGCACGGACAGACGGCGGUGAUGGAAACCGCUUCCUCCACGACGAAAACCAAAAAGACAAAUGCAGGGAUCCGUCGACCAGAGAAGCCCCCUUAUUCAUACAUAGCUUUAAUAGUCAUGGCUAUACAGAGUUCUCCAACUAAGCGCCUGACGCUCAGUGAAAUAUACCAGUUUCUGCAGAGCCGCUUCCCGUUUUUCAGAGGCUCAUACCAGGGAUGGAAGAACUCCGUGCGUCACAACUUGUCUCUGAACGAGUGCUUCAUUAAACUGCCCAAGGGCCUCGGCCGGCCGGGGAAGGGCCACUACUGGACUAUCGACCCGGCUAGUGAGUUUAUGUUCGAGGAAGGCUCCUUCAGAAGGAGACCCAGGGGUUUUAGGCGCAAGUGCCAGGCGCUAAAGCCCAUGUACAGCAUGAUGAACGGCCUUGGAUUCAACCACAUCCCCGAGUCCUACAACUUCCAGGGGAGCGGCGGGGGCCUAUCCUGUCCGCCCAACAGCUUGUCUCUGGACAGUGGGAUUGGGAUGAUGAAUGGACACUUGGCAGGUAACAUGGAGGGUAUGGGUCUGUCCGGGCACUCCAUGUCACACUUGUCGACCAACAGUGGACAUUCCUACAUGGGAAGUUGUACAGGAUCCACUGGGAGUGACUAUCCUCACCACGACAAUUCCGCCUCGCCCCUGCUCACCAGCGGGGGAGUCAUGGAGCCUCACCCCGUCUACUCGAGCUCAGCCUCGGCGUGGGCUCCAGCCCCCACGGCCUCACUGAAUAACGGUGCUUCCUACAUUAAGCAGCAGCCUCUGUCUCCUUGUAAUCCAGGGGCGAACCCGCUGCAACCGAGUUUGCCCACACAUUCCCUAGACCAACCUUACCUGCACCAGAACGGGCACAGUACCACAGAUUUACAAGGUAUUCCUCGGUACCAUUCCCAGUCUCCCAGCAUGUGUGACCGAAAGGAGUUUGUCUUCUCGUUCAACGCCAUGACGUCCUCAGCGAUGCACUCACCGAGCAGCGGCUCGUACUACCACCACCAACAGGUCUCCUACCAGGACAUCAAGCCCUGCGUCAUGUGAUGCCUCCACGGACAAUCUGCAAGACCAGAGGACGGUGUCACAGACUCGAGGCGCGCAGCAGAGUGAACUGAAACGAGAACAAACGAGUAAAUAACCACUGAGAGACAUGAAGGCAUAUGCCCCCGGCCCUGGAGAGUUGCUCACCGCUUCAAGUGGACCGGACUACUUCUCUGUACUGGUUCCCACAGCGACAAAGACACGGAGACAGGCCAAAUCAUCACCAAAGCAACCACAUAAUAAUAAUAUAUAAUAAUAAAAAACUUUUUUCAUGCCAUCAACAUCGACCAGCGGGGAAAGACUGGGCGUAUGAAACCCUGCUGCUGUUUGGUACUUAGUCCUGCAGAGCGGAUGACUACCACUUCACACCUUUGUUCAUGUUUAUUCUUAUUGUUAAAGUAGGCCAAUGUAAAAAAUGCACACUCAUUUUCUUCAUCUGAAGUUUUUACUUUUCUUUGACAAAUUAGACUGAGGCUCUUUAUUUGGACGUACAUACCAGCAUUGAAUUUGAAAUGAACAAUUAUGGACAUUACACAUAUACUGUAAGUCCAUAUAUACUGUGUAAAAACGAUGAAGGCACUUUUUGAAUAGCCUAUAAGCGCAACUUUUUAUUUAUUCUGUAGGCCUGCAUAUUUUAAUUUCAGGCGAAUUGGCCAAGGAGGUAUAUGCUUUAUUGGCAAUAUUUGUCAGAACGCUUAUUAUUUGUUUUAAAAUGAAAAUUGAGGAUAUAUUGUAAGCACUGUUAUGUUGUUUGUGGUAGAUAUAUGUAGACCAUUACUUUCAGCACUGUAUACUUGUAUAUUGUUAGGAAAAUUAGUGAGGGCUAAUCUUUUGGCUAUAUUACAACAAAUCAUUUGUUGGACGUUGAAGCCUAAAUCCACAAAAACAAGACAUAUUUCGAUUUUAUCACACACCUAUAAUCU